AUGACAAUUUUGGAAGGAAUAAGACGAUACAAACAAAUGCCUUUACGCUGCACAGGAAUUUUCCAAUUAAGUGACGAGGUAAACGAGAGCGGCGAAAAGAUGUUACAGUUGUCGCAGUACUACAAGCUUGAUGGCGAGAUUGUCAUGGACAAUUUCACAGCGCAGCAGAGGUUGUUUCUGUGCCGCGACUCAGUGGUUGCGAUCAACGAAGAGCGUCUUGAACCCGUUGACCGUAUUGGGGCGAUCACCUUUAUUGGCAAAAGAACGGUGAUUUUGACCAAAGAAGUAAAAGCGACGAGUGGGGAAGAGGGUUUCAGCGUAGCACGUCUUCAGCACCGCCAAUGGGAUAUGACGGUGUUGACAUGGGUGGAUUUCACAGCGGAAUACGUAUACGAUCUACAGGCGUUGGGCAAGGACAAAGCGGCGCUCAUUGCUAAGGACAAUGUGGUGCAGUUGACCGGACAGGGAAACAGUUGGUCGGAUUGGCACGGAGGCUGGAUCAUCAUGACUUCUAACUUUGAAUCAACACUGUCAACGAUAGCGGAGCGUCAAUUGACACCUGGUAUUACAACAUCGAGAUAUCGUAGACGUCAAAGAGGCAGAUCCGGCGCAAAAGUAGGAGAUUUUUUAGCAAUCGAGAAUUGGAAUCAUCAUUUCAAUGGGAGAGGUGGGAGAGUGGGAGUACGGAGCUCGCCCGUCAACAAUGAUCUCGGGCGCAGCCGCAAAACGAUGGUUAUAGGAGGGAAGUUGUACUUUAAGACCAUUGAGUAUCAAUCGCGAGGCGCGCCGCACGUCAUGUGGGUACUCUGUGGGCCUAGCCGGGGGAUGAUACGUUGA